GAUUUAUAGCAAAAUGUGCAGAAUAUUUAGAAUGUAAAUUGUGACAAUUUCAACUUUAAACUGGCAAAUGAUUGUCUUUUUUUAUUAUUCUGAUCAUUUUGCUUCUUGUUAUCAGCUUGUUAUUCAAUUGUUUAUGCAUUGUUUUUUUGUUUACGUGAAGAAACCAAGAAACUCUUCACCUUAAACUUCAAAUAUGAGUGAUUCAAAGGAUGAUGAGGACUAUCCAUUGAGUUUUGCAAAUUUCCUCUUUGGAAAUAUCGAUGAAAAAGGUGAAUUGGUUGAUGAUUUUCUUGAUGAGGAUACUAGAAAACAGUUACGACAGCUUGAACAACUUGGAAUUGGUGGAAGUUUGUUGAAUGACUUGAGGAGAGAAGCUAAAGCAAAAGAUGGAGGGAAUGACGGUGACAGUUCUAACAAAGACUCACAAUCGGAUUCAAACUUGGAUGAUAAAUCAGAUAACAAAUCAGAAAAUAGUGACGAUGUCGACUUUGAUGCUAAAUCCCCGUCUGCCAUUGACUAUUCUGAUAUCAAUGAGAUGGUUGAAGAUGACGAGGAAGCAAAAUUCAAAGAAGCUCUUACUAUUUUACCAUUUAAAAUGCCAACAGCUCCUGUGAAAGCCGUCGCCAAGCCUAAAAUUCUUGAUGAUGAUGAUUACGAUGAUUCGUCGUCUGAUGAAAAGGAUACAGAUUCACAAACCAAAGAUAAAGAUUCAGAGUCUGAAAAACAUUCAGUCCUAUCGCCAAAUAGUCAGAGUAAAGAUGCGUCCAACAGCAGCAAGAAAAAACUCGAUACUCCAUUAGCUGCUAUGCUACCCUCUAAUUACGAGGACUGUAAUGUAACUGAUCUUUUCCCUGAAUUUAGACAUAAUAAGGUGUUGAGGUUUUCUCGUCUUUUUGGACCAGGAAAAUUAGCCAACUUACCUCAAAUUUGGAAGAAUGUUAAAAGUAAAAAGAAUAAGAAAAAACUUCUACAAUUAAUGGCCAUGCAAAAUUCAGAAGAUAUGAAAGAUUUAGAUAUCUCUGAUGAACGAGAUAAUUCCGACAGUGAGCGAAGGAAAAAAGAUUUUGACCUCCAAAUACCAACAACUAUUGAUCCAAAUCAACUCGAUUCAGAUGAUGAAGAAAGACUAAAAAAGCCUAUGCAGCUUCGAGACAGCUCAGGUCGUGAUGGAUCUGGUUCAUCUGAUGAAAGUAAACCAAGAAUUGCUGAUUGGAGAUACGGACCAGCACAACUUUGGUAUGAUAUGCUAGGAGUUCCUGAUUCAGGAGAUACAUUUGAUUAUGGAUUCAAAAUCAGUGAAGAUGGUCGAAGAAUCAGAACUUCUACUGGUGAUUCAUGUGAAGAGUCUCUUAACGGUGAUAGUAUUGAUGAUCCGGAUGAUUGUUUUCAUAUGGUUACCCAAAUGCAAUGGGAAGACGAUAUCAUUUGGAACGGUGAAGAAAUCAAGCAGAAAGUUUUAGCUAAAUUAAAUGACAAAUAUCAUGCCGCCGGGUGGGUACCUAGUGGUCAUUCAAGAACCGCAUCAGCUUUCACUCAACAAGUUCGAGGUACAUCGAUUGGUACUCCAGUUCCAAAACCUACUUCACUCUUGAGUAAUGCUCCAGUUAGCUCAAAAGGCCAAAGAGGAGAUAAACAAAAGAAUGAAACUCAAGAACAAGAGAAAGAUGAGACUUGGUACUCGAUUUUCCCUGUUGAAAAUGAAGAACUAGUUUAUGGACUCUGGGAAGAUGAUAUAAUCUGGGAUGCUGAGGCUAUGAAUAAGAUUCCAGAACCAAGAAUUCUCACGUUAGAUCCUAACGAUGAAAAUAUUGUCCUUGGUAUUCCAGAUGAUGUCGACCCUAAUGCUGUUCGACCAAAAGAAGCUCAACCAAUUCCAUUAAAAGAAAAGAAAGAGCACCAUUUAAGAAAAUCUCGUAUUCUUUUAGGAAAAGCCGGUGUUAUUGCAGAACAAGAACCAGACUCACCUCCACCUCCGCCAACCACUGAAAAGGAUCCAUUUAAUAUUUCAAAUGAUGAAUUCUACAAUCUAAAAUUAACUCAAGAUACAGCACUUAAACCAACUGUUGGAGGCAAUCUCAUUCAACAUUCCAUUCCUGCGUUGGAACUUCGUCAACCUUUCUUCCCAACCUUUAUGGGUCCCUUCAAAUUACGUACUUUCCAUCGUCCUCCUAUGAAAAGAUUUUCUCAUGGUAUGAUCGCAGAUACUUUACCACACGGUGUUGUUCCUCUGCUCAAGCACAUGAAGAAAAAAGCUAAACAACGAGAACAAGAACGAUUAGCCUCAGGAGGUGGUGAAAUGUUCUUUAUGAGAGCGCCUGAAGAUUUAUCUGGUAAAGAUGGAGACCUUAUUCUUUGUGAAUACUCUGAAGAACAUCCUCCUCUUAUGAUGCAAGUAGGAAUGGCGACAAUGAUUAAAAACUACUAUAAAAGAAAACCAGGCAAAGAUGGAGGAACUCCUAAUUAUAAAUACGGAGAGUUAGCUUAUGCUCACACAUCACCUUUCCUGGGUAAUUUAGCUUUGGGUCAAACCCUUCAAGCACUUGAGAAUAAUCUUUUCAGAGCACCAAUAUACGAGCACAAAGUUCCUGAUUCUGAUUUUUUGGUUAUCCGAACAAGAAACAGCUAUUUCAUUCGUGAAGUCGAGACAAUAUUUACAUCUGGACAAACUCUUCCUUUAUUUGAAGUGCCUGGUCCAAACUCCAAAAAAGCUAAUAACUUUAUUCGUGACUUUUUACAAGUCUUUAUUUACCGUUUAUUUUGGAAAAGUACUGAUAACCCUAGACGAAUAAAAAUGGAAGAUAUCAAAAAAGCUUUUCCUUCUCACUCUGAAAGCUCUAUUCGGAAACGAUUAAAGCUUUGUGCUGAUUUCAAAAGAACUGGUAACGGAUUAGAUUCUAACUGGUGGGUGCUAAAAUCAGAAUUCAGAUUACCUACUGAAGAUGAAAUGAGAGCUUUGGUUUCUCCUGAACAAUGUUGUGCAUACUACAGUAUGUUGGCUGCAGAGCAACGGUUAAAAGAUGCCGGUUAUGGUGAAAAAUCUCUCUUUGCUGCAGAAGAUGAGAAUGAUGAAGAAUUACAACUUAAAAUGGAUGAUGAAGUGAAAGCUGCCCCAUGGAAUACAACAAGAGCCUUCAUUGCUGCAAUGAAAGGCAAAUGUCUUCUUCAGUUAAAUGGUGUUGCUGAUCCAACAGGUUGCGGUGAAGGUUUUUCAUACAUAAGAAUACCCAAUAAACCUCAAAUAUCCAAAGAGGAUGGUCCAAAAGAUCCCACUCCUAAAAAGACUGUUACAGGUACUGACGCCGAUCUAAGAAGAUUGCCUCUUAAUCAAGCUAAAAAUUUGCUUCGUAAAUUCGGAGUUCCUGAAGAUGAAAUCAAAAAAUUAUCUCGGUGGGAGGUUAUCGAUGUGGUUCGUACACUUUCCACUGAAAAAGCCAAAGCUGGAUCAGAGCAGAUGAGUAAAUUUGCUCGUGGUAAUCGUUUCUCAAUUGCUGAGCAUCAAGAACGAUAUAAAGAGGAAUGUCAACGAAUAUUUGAGUUACAAAACAGAGUACUUUCAUCCUACGAAAUUUUAUCUACUGAUGAUGAAGAAUCCGAAGAAGAAGAUCUGGAAAUUGAAGAAAUGGGUAAAAAUAUUGAAAAUAUAAUUGAAAACAAGAAGACAAGCCAAGAAUUGACAUUAGAGAAAGAGGAGGAAGAAAGAAAAGAACUUCAUAAAUUGAUUAUGGGAGAAGAUUCUAACUUAGGAGGGGAAGAUAUGAAGUCUUCCAAAAAGAAAUCAAAAGGAAAAGAAGACCCAAACGAGGAUUCACAAAACCUGGCAGCGAGUAAAGGUCGCCUUCUCAAGAUUUACCGUACUUUCAAGAAUGCUCAAGGAAAAGAAUACGUUAGAAUCGAAACAGUAAGGAAACCUGCUGUCAUUGAAACUUAUGUUAAGAUCAGAGAGACUAAAGAUGCUGAGUAUAUCAAACGAUUUGCUAAUACACUGGAUGAUCAGCAGAAAGAAGAUCUGAGAAGAGAGAAGAGGCGAGUUCAAGAACAGUUGAGGAGAUUGAAACGGAAUGCUGAAAGGGAUAAUGUGAAACUUGAACGAAAAGUAGUUUCAAGUCCGUUUGAACAUAGUUUCAAUCAAGAUUCGAUAGAUACUGCAGAUUUCUCAGCGACUUCACCAGUUUCCAAUAAAGGUUUUGAACCGUCUAGAAAGAAGUUCAAAAAGGAGAAACUUAAUUUGAAGGUUAAGUGUGGAGCUUGUGGUGCCCAGGGUCACAUGAAAACAAAUCGAGCUUGUCCUUUAUAUAAAGGUGGUGAUGGUUAUCCAUCUUUGAAUGUGGCCAUGACUGAUGAGCAAAUGGAAGAAGAGGAACACACUGGUCUUGAUGACGAUGAUUUGGUGAAAGUGGAUGAAACUCGUGUAGUUUUAUCAAAGAGUUUAAUUAAGCAUGCAGAAGAAGUUCGUCGCAAAGCAAUGGUAUUAAAAAUACCCAAAGAAGCUGUCGCAAUGAAAAGGAGGCGUCGAACAGGAACAACAGAACACUGUGAUUAUUUACAAAAACCUGAGUAUAGAAGUGCAAACCGUCGAAGAACCGAUCCAUUGGUUACUCUUUCAAUUAUUUUGGAAAAUAUCUGCCUUGAAAUUCGGGCAAUGGAAGGAACUGAAUUGUUCUGGACUCCCGUUAAUCCUCGUAAAGUUCCAGAUUACUUCAAUAUCGUUAAAAAACCAAUGGAUAUUCAAACAAUUAGGAAAAAAGUGCGUGACAAAUUGUACAAAAGUCGUGAACAAUUUCUUAAUGAUGUUCGUCUAAUGUACGAUAAUAGUGUACUUUACAAUGGUAAAAUUAGCAUCUUAACAACUGCGGCACAGCGAAUGUUGGAAUUGGCUGAAAAAAGAUUGGAAGAAAAAGAGGAUAGAAUUACGAUGUUAGAAAGAUCGAUCAAUCCACUUUUAGAUAAUGACCAAGUUGCCUUUUCAUUUAUUCUGGACAAUAUUGUGACAGAGAAGCUGAAAACAAUACCUGAAUCAUGGCCUUUCCAUAAACCAGUGAAUAAGAAGUUUGUCAAAAACUAUUAUGAAGUGAUAAAAAGUCCUAUUGAUUUAGAUACUAUAAUUAACAAUAUCAAAGACCACAAGUAUCAUUCAAGGGAAGACUUUUUAUCUGAAGUUGAACUUAUCUACAAAAAUAGUGCGCUAUUCAAUGGACAAGAUAGCCAAUUCACUAAAAAAGCUGAAGAAAUUUUUGAAGCAGCUAAAAUAGCAAUUGAAGAACAAAGUGAACAGUUGAUUCAACUUGAGCAAGCCAUUAAAGAAACGAAAGAAGCUGCAAUGGAUGCUGCUGACAAUGAAUCAGUCAUGACUGGAGGUUUAUCGAAUCCCGCAAAUGAUGAAACAAAUUCAUUGCCAGACGGUGGUGAAUUAACUCGUCCUGAUAGCUCCGCAGCCCUUAGCAUGAAAGAUGAUAAUGAAAUGUUAGAUUACUUUGACGAAGCUAGUCGUAGUAGUUUCACUACAAGAACCAAAAAAUUGCUUCACCAGCAAACUGUAAGUGAUGAUGGUAGUAAUGAUGAAUGUGGAGAUGAACCUAUGCAAAUGAUGAACAUCAACUUGGAACAAGCUCAGCCAGCUGCUGAAGAUAUAAUUGAUGAAAAUUAUGAUCCUUCAGAAUUUUUACUUGAAAAAUUCAGCAAACCCCAGGCUCAACCUGUUGAAAAACCUGUAACAUCAUCGCCUGUGCAAGAUUCAUCUCAACCUUCACCUGAAACUAGUUACAGUAUAGAUUUUAGUAAAGACAGUGGUGAACGCAGCUUUAAUGAGUCUAGAGAAGGUCAAGAUGAAGAUAUGGAAAAGGAAGCGGAAAAUGAUGAUAAUGAUAACGAUAACGACAAUGAAGAUGAAUCAGAUAUUUGGUUCUAAAACAAUUCGGUUCAAUGCAAUCUGGCUCUGUAAAAUCACCAUCAAUUAUAUAUAAAACUGUUUAUUAUCAUCAUCUAUACAAAACAAACUUCAUCAACAUCAUAUAAAAUUGUACAAGCAUUUUCAUCAUCA